AAAUCAAACACAUGAAUUAUAUAUUAAUAAUUAUAUUCCAAAAACUAUUGAUGGAAAACAAUGGGAAAAUUGUGUACGUUAUAUGAUAAGUAAUAUGAAUAAUACACUUAUAAAUUGUCCAAAUGGUUGGGUAUAUGAUCGAUCAAUAUUUGGAUAUACAUUUACUGAAGAAGCUGAUUUUGUUUGUCAUAAUGAAUCAAAAAGAAGUUGGUUAGCUACUGUUAUACAAUGUAGUGGUUUUUUAUUACUUAUUAUUGGUUCAUUUGCUGAUAAAUAUGGUCGAAAAAAAAUGAUUGUUAUUGUUACUAUGAUAUUAUUUAUUACAUGUCUUAUUACUCAAAUAAUAAUGCAAUGGAUACCAAUGACAAUAAAAACUAAAUUCAUUGUUUUAUUAUUCAAUCAAUUUGCAUCGGGUCUUGUCUGUUCAACUUAUAGUUUAAUAUUUAUUCUUGCACUUGAAUUAACAUCAGCAACAUAUACAGGUUUAGCUGGAAAUUUAAUAUUUAUUUCAUGGACAAUUGGUCAAAUUAUUGUUACUCUAUUUGCAUUUAUAACAUAUGAUUGGCAAAAAUUAAAAUGGGCUAAUACAAUUUUUAUUGGUUUAGGUAUACCAUAUCUUUAUUUUAUGCCUGAAUCACCAUUAUAUAUUUAUGCAAAAGGACAAUAUGUAUUACUUGAAAAUAUUUUACGACAAAUAGCAAAUCAAAAUGGACGAAAAGAAACUGAUUGGUAUAUAUAUUAUCAAGAAUUUUUACGUAAUCAAUCAAUAAAAUUAACACAUAAAAAACAACUAACAUCUUUUCAAAAAUCUUAUCAGUUAAUUAUAAAUCGAACAACUAUAAUUAAAUUAUUAUUAACAGCUAUUAUAGGUUUUACAACACUUAUGAUUUAUAUUAAAAUAAGUUAUAGUUUAGCUAUGAUGGAUACAUCACCAUAUUUAGGAAUAUUAAUUGGUGCUAUUGUUGAAGCAAUUAGUUAUAUUACAAGUUCAUUACUUAUAUCUAGUAGACUUGGUCGUAAAGGUUCAUUUAUAUUAAUGAUGAGUUUAACAAUGAUUUGUAUGAUAUUUAUUCCAAUAAUUAAAAAAUAUAAUUCAAUAGCAAGUCUUAGUUUAGCUCAACUUGGAAAAUAUACAAUAUCUAGUACUACAGCCAUAGCAUGGAUAUUUGUAUUAGAACUUUUUCCAACUUCAAUUCGAAGUACUGCUAGUGGAGUUUUUAUUGUAUGUAGUCGUACUGGUGCUAUAACAGCACCUAUAAUAUAUACAACAAUUAGUAAUAAUUAUUUAUCAUAUACAUUUUAUGCAUCAGCAUUUUUAGCAUUUAUUGUUCUUUUAUUUUCAUUAAUGUUACCUGAAACAAAAGAUAAACCAAUGGAUAAUGUAACUGAUUAUACUACCAGUAUAACUGAUAUUUAA